AUAUACGGGGGGGGGGGGUGAAUUCCCAAUUUACAAACUGUUUAUAGGUCGAAUGUAGUUUUAUAGUAUUUGUGUAUUCUUCACCUUCUUCAUACUCUCGAGUUGCGAUUUUAUGGAGUAAACCGAGUGUUUUAUCAUGGAAAAAAGACAAUGAAGUGUGCACUUUCAAAAAACCAACCGCAGACCUAAAAACACACAAAUAGACUAAAAAACCACGGGCAGAUAACCUUUUCUCUGUUAGAGCAUAAACAACGCACGGUACAUACACUGAACUAGCGCGUGUGUUUGAGUGGGCGGAAAUAGGGCAGGGGCAUCACAGGGCGACAUGGUCGAGUUCAAGCCUCGAUAACUUUUUUAUAAAUAAUAAUUUUCGCAAGAAAUUUGCUCAGGUAAAACAUCAGGAAUUUAAACUUCCAUAUCUCUUUAAACAAAAGUAAAAUUUCCACCAUAUUUUUUUUCUGAUCGUUUUGAAUAGGAACUUGAUGUUUUUUAAAAAGGUUGAUUCACACCUAAAUAAGCGCAUAGCUGACUGCUGCACAGUGACGUCAUUCGCGUAUCUCCGUUAAAUGGGCGAUCGACAGUGUACCAUAUUUCGUGCACAUGUUCCUUACAACGUGUAUGCUGCUAUAGGCAAGUUAGUCGCACGCCUUCAUUGCGCACCGUAGAAACUCGGGCGAUGGAAGACGGCCGUUGUGUCUAAUAAGCCAGGCAGUGGGGGGCGGUAACUGGGCAGGGUACGGUACUGUUAUUAGUAAACAUAUCCUCUGGCUCUGUUGAGUUGCUCAUCACAUUUGAAAAACAAUUUACAAAAAUGUACAGAAGAAUUCGUAUUCCUCGAAGCUGGCUUGUAAAUUCUUCAAGAUGUAAAAGCACAACUGUUUCGUCUUUUAGUUCCAAGCCAAAUGACAAGUUAGAAACUGCAAGCCGAACGUCUUCAGCCGCAGCUGUAUCAACCAACCACAGAGCGCAGCAACACACUGCGCCUGAGCUACAGGGCCAGGGUUCCCAAGCACCCCCGUUCAAGAGAGCUCAGCGAGGGACUUUCUUCCAGGAGCGACCACGCCUAGGAAAUGUCUAUCUUGAAGAUGCAGCAUUGCAGUCUUACUUGAAUAGAUACAUAUCAUCAGAAGCCCUCUCUCCCAUUGAAGAUGACUUGGAGAGAUUCGGAGAGCGAGUCGUGGAGGAAAUCGAAGCCCUUAGCAUCGAGUGCGAAGAGAAUCAACCUUACGUCAAGCAUUUUGAUGCGUGGGGGAACCGUGUGGAUGAUCUUAUCACAUGUGAAGCAUGGAAGAAACAGAAGGCUAUAGCAGCACAGGAAGGGAUCGUUGCUAUUCCAUACGAAAGGAAAUAUGGCUCCUGCAGCCGUGUUUAUCAAGCAGCUAAAAUGAUAUUGUAUGGCCCCUCAUCUGGCUUAUACUCGUGCCCUCUCGCUAUGACUGAUGGGGCUGCUAAGAUGUUUGAGAAUGAUGGCGGGUCACAGUUGAAGCAGAAUGCCUUUGGUCAUCUAACAUCUCGAAACCCCGAGACAUUCUGGACGUCUGGACAGUGGAUGACCGAGAGGAGAGGGGGAUCUGAUGUCGCUGGAGGAACAGAGACAUUGGCCUACCCACAGAACGAUGGAUCAUUCCAUCUCCAUGGUUACAAGUGGUUCUCGUCAGCCUCAGACAGUGAUAUGACUGUAGCUCUAGCAAGGAUAGUGGAUGAUGAUGGCCAAUAUAAGGAGGGUACGAGAGGACUAUCUCUGUUUUAUCUUGAGACUCGUACACCAGAAGGUAAACUCAAUGGAAUAGAGAUACAACAGCUGAAGAACAAACUUGGGACCAGACAGCUUCCUACCGCAGAGUUAUUACUAGAUGGGACUAAAGCACAUCUUGUAUCUGAACCAGGGUAUGGUGUGGCGUCUAUCUCUCCUAUGCUCACUAUCACUCGCUUCCACAAUGCAACUAUGGCUGUAGCUGCUAUGAGAAGGAUGGUGCACUAUGCGAGGGACUACUCCUUCCAGAGAAGAGCCUUUGGCAAGUUGAUUGUAGACUGGCCUCUCCAUGUGCAAACACUGAGUAGAAUGGAGCUGGAGACCAGAGGAGCCAUGGCUCUGCUCCUGGAAUGUGCACAUCUCCUGGGCAAGGAUGAGGCUAAGGAAGCCUCGGAGGAUGAUCUCAACCUCCUUCGUCUUCUCAUCCCGGUUCUCAAACUCUACACCGGUAAACAGGCCGUAAGUGUUGCGUCUGAGGGACUAGAGAGUAUUGGUGGACAGGGUUAUAUUGAAGAUACUGGUUUCCCAGGGAUACUCCGGGAUGCCCAGGUCUUGAGCAUUUGGGAAGGCACCACCAACAUCCUCUCCUUGGACAUCCUUCGCUCCAUCAUCAAGAGCAAAGGCCAGACCAUGGAGACGUUCCUCAGACAGGUCCAGACACGCUCUGCUACCUUCCUCACCGCCUCCAACCAGGACAUCCAAGGGACGGCCAAGCUCAUUGGACAGUCCUGUGAUAGCCUGAAGAGCUUCCUGGUGGAAUCAGCCAAUCAGGAUGCAGGUUUCAUGGAGCUGGCUGCCAGGGAUCUUGCGUACAGUAUCGGUAGGACCUACAUUGGGUUGGUACUGUUGGAGCAUGCCACAUGGGAGAGGGCCGGUGAGGAGGACAUUGCAGUAGCGAAAAGAUGGUGCCAGAUGGAUCUGUGCCCUGUUUCUAGCCAGAAUGCCGCAGGUACCUACUCCAUUGAAGCAAGCUCUAUGGACUACAGAACGGUCAUGGCAGGUUACAAACAGGAAGAAUAAGCA